AUGGGAAGACUGGUUGUGGGACUCACGGUGACGGUCGCGGUAGCGGCGUGUGCGGUGGCCGCGGUUGUGGUUGGGAGAAGAGUCAAGAGUAGACGGAAGUGGAAGAAAGUUGCGAAUGUGUUGAAGGAGCUUGAGGAAGGUUGUGAUACGAGUGUUGGGAGGUUGAGGCAGGUGGUGGAUGCUAUGGCGGUGGAGAUGCACGCCGGUUUGGCAUCGGAAGGUGGUUCUAAGCUCAAAAUGCUUCUUACCUAUGUUGAUAAUCUUCCCAAUGGGACUGAGAAAGGACCAUAUUAUGCGCUGCAUCUUGGGGGCACAAAUUUUAGGGUCACGCGUGUUCAUUUAAGUGGUCAACCAUCUCCUGUCUUGGAGCAUGAAGUAGAGCGACAACCCAUUCCCCCACAUCUAAUGACUAGCACAAGCGAGGAUCUAUUUGAUUUUAUCGCAUCAUCCUUAAAAGAAUUCAUUGCAAAAGAAGGAGAUGGUUCCAAUACUUCACAGGACAGAAGGGAACUUGGCUUUACAUUCUCCUUUCCUAUGAAACAAAUGUCUGUUUCCUCAGGCAUUUUAAUCAAGUGGACAAAGGGGUUUUCCAUUGUAGAUAUGGUAGGAAGAGAUGUUGUGGCGUGUUUGCAGGAAGCAUUUGUAAGAAAAGGCCUGGAUGUGCAUGUAGCUGCCUUGGUUAAUGAUACUGUUGGAACAUUAGCUGUUGGACACUAUCAUGAUCCAGAUACUGUUGCUGCAAUAGUUAUUGGUACUGGUACUAAUGCAUGCUAUCUGGAACGAAUUGAUGCUAUUAUCAAGUGUCAGGGUCUUCUCACGACAUCAGGGCGCAUGGUUGUCAAUAUGGAAUGGGGAAACUUUUGGUCGUCUCACUUACCAAGAACACCAUAUGACAUUGAGUUAGAUGCUGAAAGCCCUAAUCCAAAUGAUCAGGGUUUUGAGAAAAUGAUAUCAGGAAUGUAUCUCGGUGAUGUCGUGAGGAGAGUCAUUCUUAGGAUGUCACUAGAGUCGGAUAUGUUGUUUGGACCUAUUUCUACCAAGCUUUCAACGCCGUUCGUACUGAGGACUCCUUUAAUGGCUGCUAUGCACGAAGAUGAUUCACCUGACUUGAUAGAAGUAGCAAGAAUCCUCAGUGACACAUUUGAGAUUCCAGAUGUUCCAUUGAAAGCAAGAAAAAUUGUGGUGAAGGUGUGUGAUGUGGUGACUCGUAGGGCUGCUCGGUUAGCAGCUGCUGGUAUUGUUGGUAUCUUGAAGAAGAUUGGUCGUGAUGGGAGUGGUGGGAUCACAGGAGGACGGAGUAGGAGCGAUAUAAAAAUGAAAAGAACAGUUGUGGCAAUCGAAGGAGGAUUAUACUCGAGCUAUACAUUGUUUAGGGAGUACUUGCAUGAAGCUUUAAACGAAAUACUGGGGGAAGAUAUUGCAAAGCAUGUUACUCUAAAUGUCACCGAAGAUGGAUCAGGCAUUGGAGCAGCACUGCUAGCUGCAUCAUAUUCUUAA